AUGGAGAUAGCCCUAAAUGGUGUAGUUUUUCUUCAGACUUUCAAGAAACGAGAAGGAAUCCUCCAGUCUCGACAAAUCCAAGAGGAAAUAACUGGUAACACUGAGGCAUUAUCAGGAAGGCAUGAAAGAGAUGCAUUUGACACUUUAUUUGACCAUGCUCCAGACAAGCUCAAUGUAGUGAAAAAGACUCUCAUCACCUUUGUGAACAAGCAUCUGAAUAAAUUGAAUUUGGAGGUCACUGAACUGGAGACCCAGUUUGCAGAUGGUGUGUACUUAGUCCUGCUAAUGGGUCUCCUAGAAGGUUAUUUUGUUCCUCUGCACAGCUUUUUCUUGACUCCUGAUAGUUUUGAACAAAAGGUCCUCAAUGUAUCCUUUGCGUUUGACCUAAUGCAAGAUGGUGGAUUGGAAAAACCAAAGCCAAGACCAGAAGAUAUUGUAAAUUGUGACUUGAAGUCUACGCUGAGAGUGUUGUACAAUUUGUUUACCAAAUACAGGAACGUGGAAUGA